AUGCUAUCAAAUUUUCUGAGAGAAUAUAACAUCAAUCGGGUAUUUCUAUCGAUCAUAGGUUGUUGGCCGUUUCAAAAUAAGCUCGUGAGAAAUUCGUUACGGACUUUAUGUUUCCUGCUUGAAAUAAGUUACUGUCCGUUCGAGAUAUUAUUAUUGUACGAUCAUUGGAACGAUGGGCAAAUGAUUUUUGAAGGUUGUUAUCAAAUUGUCGUCUCAGCUUCAUUCAUUGUAAGACAGGUGAAUGAAUUUUGGAAUUACGACAAAUUUCGGCAAUUAUAUAAAACAAUUGAUGAGCAUUGGGAUAUAUUUACCAAUGAUAUAGAAAUUCGAAUUUUGAAAGAUUAUUCUAUGCUAUCGCGAAAAUUUACAAAGUAUUAUUCGAUGUUAAUGUAUAUCAUGAUGUCGAUAUUUAUAACGAUACCAUUAACACCCAUGAUCUUAGAUAUUAUAGUUCCUCUAAAUGAGUCACGUCCGCGAUUUUUUGCGCUUGUAGUCGAAUUUAGAGUGGAUAAAGAUGAGUAUUUUCUACCAAUUUUUUUCUACACUACUACAAUAAUCGUAGUGGGUACAAAUGUUACAAUGGCCAUUGAUGCAAUGCACAUCGCGUGUACCGCUCAUGCUUGUAGUCUUUUUGCUGCUAUCAGGUAAAUAUAUCGCAAAUGCGAUAAUAAUUUCAACUUUUGUGU